AUGGGACCCCCAGCAGCUGGCCUGGAACCAGUGACCACCAGCAAGGGCCAGGUCUCCCUUUGCUCAGGGCUGAGGUCCAGGACCCUGGAGCCUGAGCUGCUGCCGCAAUGCCGCAUCGAGGCUCUGCGCACCCGGUUCCUGCUUUGGCACCCAUGUUUUCGCAGUCGUGAUCCCCCGGGCACGUCCUGGGUGAUGUGACCAGGACCAGGCUCUGCUCCCCGGGACUCACUGGAGCUGGGGGGACGUGGAGGGGCCACGGGGGCUGUCGGCAUCCUGGGCUGGCUGCUGCUGCUGCAGGCAGUGCCCUGGGCUGCAGGCGCCCGGCCCUGCAGCCCCAAGUACUUCGGCCGCGAUGCCAUGGUGUGUGUCUGCAACGCCACGUACUGCGACACGCUGGACCCCGUGGUCCUGCCGGCCCCGGGCACCUACGUCAAGUACGAGAGCAGCAAGGCCGGCAAGCGGCUGGAGCGCAGCGAGGGGAGCUUCCAGCGCAGCCUGCGCGCCCCAGGGCUGCUGCUGACGCUCAACGUCUCCACGCUGUACCAGCAUGUGAAGGGCUUCGGCGGGUCCCUCUCCGAUGCUGCUGCCCUGAACAUCCUGGGGCUGUCGCAGCCGGUCCAGGACAACCUGCUGCGCUCCUACUUCUCUGAGAGCGGGAUUGAGUACAACCUCAUCCGGCUCCCCAUGGGUUGCAGCGACUUCUCCGUGCGCCCCUACAGCUACGACGACGUCCCCCACGACUACGAGCUGAAGCACUUCAGGCUGGCGGAGGAGGACGUGAAGAUGAAGAUCCCCCUCCUGCACCGAGCCUCGGCCAUGAGCAGGCGGCCGCUGUCGCUGUACGCCAGCCCCUGGACCUCCCCGGCCUGGAUGAAGAGUAACGGGGACAUCAGCGGGAAGGGCACGCUGAAGGGGCAGGCAGGGGACAAGUACCACCAGACCUGGGCCAACUACUUCGUCAAGUUCCUGGAUGAAUACGCCAAACACAACGUGACCUUCUGGGCAGUGACGGCGCAGAACGAGCCCCUCGCAGCGCUCCUCGCACCCCCCCGGUUCCCCACCAUUGCCUUCACCGCCGCGCAGCAGCGGGACUUCAUCGUCCGUGACCUGGGCCCCGCGCUGGCCCGCAGCCCCCACCGCACCCAGCUCAUCAUCCUGGACGACCAGCGCAUUCACCUCCUGCACUGGGCCAAAGUGGUGAAGAGCAAAGCCCACCACCCUGCCCGGCUCCUUCCUCUCCCUCUGCUCCGUGUCCCACCCAAACCUUGGGUUUUAGCUGAAAAUUAA